ACUCCCAGUAAACAAACAGAAAAUUGAGUGGAAAAGCUGGUGGUGGGAGUAGCGGCCUAUGGUGGUUGGUCGUCAAGAAUGGCACGAUGGUUAGUGGUCUGCAACAAUUGCUCAAAAGGGGAGGAGCGAAGGGGGGAAGGAUAAAGGGUAAAAUUGUCCUUUCAUUAAAAAUAUGCGGAUGUUUUGACAAACGCGGACGUCGAUUAAAAAUGCCCGGUGGAAUCCCCAAACAUCCCUAGCCAAACAUACACACAAUAUCCCUCGAACAGACCCAAUUGUUUGAUAUUCCCGCCCAUCCCAAUCCCAAUCCCAAUCCCAACCCCAACCCCAGUAGGUUACUGCAAACUCGUUCAAGCAGACAAUCUCACUACGGCAAAGGGGAAUGGCAAGAGAAAGGAAGAAGAAGAAGGCAGAUAAUCAACAAGAAGAAGAAGCAAACCCAGAAGCACAAGAACGGAAGAGACUCAAAAACCUCGCUUACACCAACAACAUUGUUUCACAAACUCCUGCUAAAGGGUUUACACCUCUUCAUCCGUCCAAAACUGUUAUCAAACACCAUGGCAAAGAUAUUCUCAAGAAAUCCCAGAGGAAAAAUCGGUAUCUUUUCUCUUUUUCUGGGCUUUUAGCCCCUAUUUCUGGGGGUAAAAUUGGUGAGCUCACUGAUUUGGGCUCCAAAAAUCCCAUCCUUUACCUUGAGUUUCCUCAGGGGAGGAUGAAGUUGUUUGGGACCAUUGUGUACCCGAAGAAUCGAUACUUGACUUUGCAAUUUUCAAGAGGUGGCAAAAAUGUCAUGUGCGAAGAUUGCUUUGACACCAUGAUAGUAUUUUCUGAUGCAUUUUGGGUUGGGAAGAAAGAAGAAAACCCAGAUGAGGCCAGAUUGGAUUUCCCAGAAGAGCUAUAUGAGGGUAAGCAUCCCGAGGUUGAUUUUGAAGGGGGUGCUGGUUCAACUCCUACGAGAAGAAAAGAUUUCAUGAAAGUAGUUACCAAGUCUACUGAAGAAGAAUCACUACCUGGGUCACCAAUUGAUGAAACAGAAGUUAUAUCACCUGAAAGGUGUCAAAAUCUGAUUGAUCUGGAAAACAGCACGCCAGUCAGGCAAUCAGGAAGGACUGCUGGCAAGAGAUUCAAUUUCGCUGAAGUUUCUUCAGGGGAAGAUCCUGCUGAGAGUGCCAGUGAUGUGUCUGGAGAACUAAAUGAGGACACUGCUAAGAGUUCCAAGUCGCGCUCAGUUGAUCAGGAUCUUGGUAAUCCAGAGAGUCCAAAAGCAAAGCACGCAUCUGAAGACACAGCACAACCGCCUAGGCGUCCCGUGUCAAAAUCUGGAACUAAGGAAUCAUGUCGUACUUCACUUGUUCAAUCCACUAUAUCAACUCUGUUUAAGAAGGUUGAAGAAAAGAAUACAUCCGGAAGUUCGAAAAAGAUCGCUUCUUGUAAAGUUUCUAGUGAGGAGAUGCAGCUGAAUAGUUCAAAAUUAAAUAUCAAAAAAGUGAAGGCUGCAGAGCAGAAGAAAGUAGAAACUGUCACUCAAGUGAAAAAAUCAGGGGCAAAAAGUGUUAGAAAAAAGCAGAAAGCUGAGCUCUCUGAGGUUGAAGAUGAUAUUGAGGAAUCCUCAAAUGCCUCGGAGGAAAUGAAUGCAAGUGAUGACGAUUGGCUUGGUUGAAAUAUUUGGUCUGUUAUCUCCUAGAGAACUUCAUGUGUAGUGGCCUACUUGGCCUACUCCCUUCCUGUCGGAUUUCGCAAUCCCUUGACGGGUAGACAGACAACUCAACAACUCCACAUUGUAAAGGGCUUUCCAGUUUCCAGGGUUUUUUUAGAGAAAAAGUUAUGAUAUUUAUUUUCGAUUGAUUGUUUUUCCUGCAUUAUAAGUUUAAAGAGGGCAUUGUUGAAGAAUUUUGGUUGUAUAAGAUUCUCGGAUUCUUUUUUUUAUAUAUAUUACUUAUGAAAUUGUUAAAUA